GGCGGCAUGAGUGCAGUGAAAAUGUUUAGCGUUGAAGACGGCAUAAGAUUUGAUAAAAAAGAAAAACAAAUUUAAAAACAGUUCAGGAUUUUAAAAAACCUUAUGCUUUAAUUUAAUCAAAGACUCUCGCUUGGCCAUAGCUAUAAGUGUCUAUGAUCAUAUGUGUGCUUGGCCAAAGUCUUUGUGUUGUUUGCGCCGGCUGGACGCCAAAACUACAAAUUUAUUUUCAAUUGCACAAAAAGUGACAAAUUAUUUCGUCGGGUGCUGCAAGUGCAGCUACAGUGGAUACUUUUUAAACGAACUAAAGAGCGCACGCAACCAAUUAAAUCGCCGAAUCAUCGCAUUUGUUUUUGUUUAUAACAGAUUCUGCACACAUUUCUAAAUUGCUAAACAAAAUAGUGAAAACAGGCCAAGAGCUGGCAGAGUAUUUGUCGCGCUGGUGGUGUACGUGCACGGACAGAAACAGAAGCAGAAGCAGACAUCGCUGACAGCCAGCAGGAGGUGGGGCCCGACGUCGCCGUCGUCGUUGCCGUUACUGUUAUUGUUGUUGUUGUUGCUGCUGCUGCUGCUGUCGCUCUGCUGCUGCCAUUGUUUUUGUUUGGUAUACAAAACACGCGGCGUGCUGUUUAGCAAAAGGGCGGGAAGGCAACUAAAACGAUUCGCGUCUGAAUUUUCGUAACGCGUUUUUCGAUUAUUAUUUUUUUUUCGCAUUGUGUUCUGAAUUCAGCCUCACGAUUGGGGGGCGGCGGCGGCGGCAAUGUCGAAGCUGGGCGAGCACAAGCGUGUAUCCCUUACCACAAUCAGCACUCAAAGGAGCAUUUUUAAUAGCAAUGAAGCGGGCUUCAGUUCUAUGCCGCCGACAUUCUCGCGUUUCGGUGAUUUCUUGGACCCGGAUGCAGUGCAGCCCAACAAGAGCAGCAAAUCGGCGAACAAAAGCGUUCGGUUGCAGCUGGAACUGUUCGAGACGGACUCCAAUAGGUAUCCAGAGUUUAACUAUUCAAAGCUGCUCUACUUGGAGAAGAAAAAGGCAAAAAUGCUGAAAGGGAAAACGAACAAUGGAAGCACUGAUCCAUUUGCCGAUAAUGAUGAUGAUGUGGCGCGCAUCGCCAAGGAAUUGGAGGCCAAAUAUGGCAAUGCCUAUGCCAGAGGACGUGGACGCCGUAAAAAGGAUGAUUUUUGUGAUAUCGGAAUGGGUUACGAUGAGUCCGAUUCCUUUAUAGACAAUACUGAGGCCUACGAUGAAAUCUUGCCUGAAGAGGUGGAGACUCUGGAGGGUGGAUUUUAUAUUAACUGCGGCGCAUUGGAGUUCAAGAACCUUAACAAAAAAUCGAGCACACGACGCACCGAUGCCAUUAUCAAAAUGCCGGAACGAUCGCGCAAACGUGUUGUGUCCAGCAGCUCGGAUGAUUCCUCUGAGUCAUCGUCUGAUUCUGCAAGUGAUAAUGAACAGAAAGAAGUCGCGAAUAAUAAAGUUAACAAUAAUAAUAAUGAUGAUGAGGAUGAUAAUGAUGAUGAUGAGGACGAGGAUGAUGGUGAAGACGAUGAUGAUGAGGAUGACGACGAUGAGGAUGACGAUUCUGAUAGCGAUAGCGAGAGCAUUGACGGCUCCGACAGCGACACCGAAAGUCUGGGCGAUGAGACCAGCGGCACAUCUGCCAAUACCAAAAAUAAGUUCAAACAAACCGCAUUGAAGCGUCCCAAACCGAGUUCCGCCAUCAAACAGAAGGUCAACAAUAAUGGAAAGAAACCAAGCAGCAAGUUGUACGUGGCACCGUCCUCCUCCUCAAACUCGCCGCGUCCAAAUGCCAUAGACAUCUCGGAUACGGAGGAGCGGCAAUCUCAGGCGCUCAAAAAAGUGGUCAAGACGACAACCGUUAAGGAUAUGCUAAAGGCCAAAAGGGACAGCUUCCUUAAAUCUCAGGGCCAGCUCGAAGGCCCCUCGAAAAUCACCGUCAACGGUGAAGUCAAGUGCACCACUUCAACGACUGUGGAUUCUAGCAGCGACAACGAUGACACCGAUUCAGCCAGCGAGCAAGGAAGAUCCGAGAAGCUGCCCAAGACCAAGGAUGGCAGCGAUAAUCUACGACCCGCGGAUACCAUUCUACCAGCAACUCUCGAUAAUGAUAUGCUUGCGAGCAUCAAUUGCUUCAAGGAACUGGUCAGAAGCAGAGACUUGUGCGGCAAAAGAUUCUACUUUGAUGGCAAACUGACGGCGCUUCUACUCAAGGUUUACGAAGCGUUGCUUUGCACGGAGCGCAAUGAACGUAACAUGGUGUUUGCGCAUCUGGAAUACCAGCUACAACUGCCCAAGUAUUUUAUACUGCGCAAGGCUAAGGCGCUGCGCGCCAGGGAGGAGAAGAAUAAGACGACAAAUGCGUUGGAGCGUCUACGCAAGGCAGUCGCCGAGGUGAUGCCCAAGGCCAUUGCCAACUACGAGAUCGAAUUGCACAAGUUCGCGGAGCUAGCGGCGGCUGAUGUCAACGCCGAGCAUCCGCCAAAGAUGCCGCGCAAAAAGUUCCAGUGGACAAAUGAGCUGCGCGAGCGACUGUACGAGGUUUACCAGGCGCGCUGGACAUCUUACGCAGUGCUGGGCAAGCGAAAGGAUUCGCUAGAGCAGUUCAUUAAUGGCUACCUGAAAGACAAAAUAGUGGAUGUGUGGGCCACAGGCUGGAUGCGUUACGAGGAGCUGCAGCGCGAGAUCGAACGCCAUAAGCACGCUAGUAAGAAGCUCAAAGAGAAAGCAAAGAAACAGCUAACGGCCAUAGCAACCACAGCACCAACUGCCAACAAUUACCUGAAGCAGCUCGAUGAACUAACGGCCACUGAACAGAGUCGGUCGCGGGCUAAUUCCGAUACAGAUUCAGCUACAAGUGCCUCAUCCAAUAGUGUCAAACGUAAACUUGAACUGCCACCGAGCGUUGCUGCUGCCACGACUACGAUACAGCAAAAGCCGAGCGCUAAGCCGCCAAAAAUAAAGUUCCAAAAACAACUGGCGGCCACGCUGGCACAGAUGUCGCAAAUCAACAACGCGUCGCAGAUGGCACCAGUUGCCAUUGAAACGAUGUCUCUGCCAGCUGUCAACAACUACCUGAAGCAAUUUGAUGAGCUCACUGUAACUGCCUCGCAGAGUCGCUCGCGUGCCAAUUCCGAUACAGAUUCCGUUAAAAGUGCCUCAUCGACCAGUCUGAAGCGCAAGCUAGAGAAACCAACGAUGGGUGGUUCCACAUUACAUUCAAAGCAGUGCAGCAAGCCGCCUAAGAAGAAGAAACAGCAACCAUCACCAACGCCAAUGACGCAGCUGGACACGCUGAUGUCGCAGCCCAGCACUUCGCAGCAGGCGGCGGCGCUUAAUGCAGCAGUUGUGGCGGCAGCAGCCAGUAUGUUGGAGCUGGCAUCGCCCACCAAAACGGAGCACGGCAUCUAUAACAUGAUAACGGCAGCGUCGCUGAACGCCGCUUCGGCCAGCGUUAGUGCGCCCAUUAACAGUCAGUCACCUAGUGCAUUACAUUCCACAACGAGCGUCGUUGCAGCACGUCCUGUGCCACAUGUCAUCAAUCUAGACGACUAUAAGAGUCCCAGCGACAUAUUGCAGACAUCGCAGCAGUUGGCGGCCACUGAAUGGCAGCCCGUUCAGGUGUCGCCAGCACAGCCGCCGCCACCAGUGCCUCCUGCGGUAGUGCGUUGCGAGAGCAGCAGCGAGUCUGACGGCGUGGAGAUUGUAGGCGUCUAUCCGGCUGUGGUAAAGCACAUAAAUCCAGGCCACACCAAGCCCAGGUCGAAAGCCAACCAGAAGAGUAAAACGACGUCAGUCAUAAGCACAACGGGCACGGUGCCCAAUGGACUUAAUGGUGCGGUUGGUUUCAACUUGGACAACAUGUACAUCUACAACAACAACAAUGCUGCCGUCAAGAUUGGACCCGGCGUCAUACGCGCAAAUGCGGCGUCCAACACGACGUCUACUGUUGGCUACGAUCUCAGUCGCAAUCCGCAGAUAAUGAAACAGUUAUCGGACCUAUCGGCGCUCGAGAAGCAAAUGAAAUGGUCAAAAUGUUCGCUACUCUCCGCCGGACUCAAGGGUGCCGGCACUGGUGCGGGCAGUGGUGCUGGAGCGGGAGCUGGCGCCUCAACGCAUCAAUGACAUACGGGGAAUGCCACACAGCCCCAAUCGGUGUCGGUGUCGGCAUUCUAUAAUCACGAGCAGGCAGUGGCUGCGGCACUGGUGCUCUCCUCGAUGAGCGCCUCCGCCCGUUAUGAUGCGUACGAUGCGCAAUUGGGUUUACUGAAUGGGUCCCUGGCUGCCGCUCAAGUGGCCAGUUCCUCAACUCAAACUGCAACAGCAACAACAAUAACAACAACACCAACACUGCCACAAGUAUUUCUGAAGCCUUCCCCGCCGCCCGCAACCGCUGUCGAAGGGAUUACCGAUAUGGCAGCAAACACGGCGCAAGCGGCGCAACUGCCGACAAAGUUUGUUUAGGUAUAUGGAUUGCACACACACGCUCCCUAAGCGAUUCUAAGUUGACCAUUAUAAAAAUCUAUCUCCCAGAGUUAAGGGAAUUAAUAUGUUUAGUUUGUAGGUUUCAUAAGCAUUAGUCAUUUAACCCCCGCCCUGUCUCCUAUCACUACUCGGCAUUAACUACUAUUGUGCAUUUAUCUUGUGCGUCUGCAUCACUGCCAGGAAAAAGACUUGAAAAGGUUUAUGGGUCGCAAGACAUGCUUAACAACCAAGUGACGCACGUAUGCAUAAAGUAAGGGUAUGCCGGGUUCGGUGUGUGUGUGUGUGUGCCGGAUGUGAUGUUUUCGUAUUUCUUUUGUAUGUUUCUUUUCUUAUUUUUGAAGAAUCAAGUCCACCAACUUAAAGUAUGUACUUUGAAAGAAUUAAGAAUCAAUCGAGUUGUAUCAGGUUAUUUAUAGUGAAUCAAUUUUUAUUAAAUAAAAGAAAAAUAAGUUAUAUAAUAAAAAAAUAAAACAAAA